AUGUAUCCGCGCAUCACUGCGCACACCCCCGUGGUACAAAGCGCCACAUCGCUGUCCGCCUCUCUUUCAAGACGCCUGACGCUCGUCAAGCCACCGACGAUGGAUUGGGGUAAGAGCAACCUUUAUCUACCCCACAUCCAGCAAACACCAACACCAAGCAAGAGGAUCCACUAUGGUGCGCCACACGCCUUCCACAAUCCCUCCACCUUACUUGUGUUGCACGGUGGAGAUGGGUUGCUUGCUGCGCAAGAAAGACAGAGGUGCACUCUCAAUCCUCACGGCUUGAGCUUGCGGCGGCAGAUCGGAAGCUCCGACGAUGAUGGCUGCGACCUCCGGUGGUGUUCAGAUAAUGGUGGUGAAGAUUGUGGCCGACGGUGA